AUGUAUGUGGGUCGGGCAAAGGAUUUGUAUAGGGACUUGGUCGCCACCGGUUUUGAGAUGAAGCCGGAUGAGUUGGCAUGGAGCGUGCUUGCGGGAUUGCCCAAGUCGUUUGGUACCCUGAGAACAAUCCUAGAGGCUUCGGAGAGCGCCAUUAGCUCGGUAGAUGCGGUUCUGCCGAAGCUCUUGGUGCAUGAGCAGGGGUUUGAGGUGUCGCCUACGGAAAAGGGCGGCGGUGGGUCGGACUCCGCUGUGGCCUAUGUGGCCGGGCGGAAAGGGGGCAAGGAGAAGGGCCACGGCAAGGAUGAGAGCCGGGGCAAGGGUCCCAAGUGCUAUAUUUGCGGGGAGUUCGGUCACAUUGCCCGGAAUUGCAGCAAGCCGGAUAGGCGGGAGCACAAGCCGGAGCGGAAGAAGGGGGGAAAACCUCCCAAGGGUGUGGCCUUUAGCGUCAUUGAAGGGGUGUCGACCGACGAUUGGCUCGUCGAUUCGGGUAGCUCCCAACAUCUAAUCGGGAACAAAAGCCUAUUUGAGAGCCUCGAAAUGUUGCGGGGGAGUGGCCGAGAAUUCAUUUUCGGGAACAAGGGAACCCUAUGGGCAGAGGGGAGCGGCUCGGUAGAGCUGCGGUGUGCGACACCGAGCGGAGAAAGUCUCGUCACUCUGCAAAACGUGAUGUACGUCCCGGGGGUGGCGGUGAAUUUAAUCUCGCUCAAGUCGGUGCGGACGGACCGGGGCAAGAAGUACGUCAACAAGGCCCUUGAAGACGUCUUCAGGGGCAAGGGGACAGUCCACGAGAAAAUUGCCCCCUGUAGCGCCGAGCAGAGUGGGUCGGCGGAACGGCUUAACCGGGAUCUUGAGGAGAAAACCCGAGCAAUGCUUGAGGACUCGGGGUUGGCCAAAGAGUUGUGGGCGGAAACCGUGGUGACGGCCAACUACACCCGGAACCGGACGCCCGUGAGCGCCCAUGGGAGGACUCCAUGGGAAGUUUUCUUCGGUGAAAAGCCGAAUGUCGGGCAUAUAAAGGUUUUUGGGGCCCGAGCGUCCCGCCAUGUCCCCAAACAGCGGAGGCGUAAGCUAGAUCUGGUGAGCGAGCGAUGUGUGUUCGUGGGGUACGAGCCGGACUCGAAGGCGUAUAGGUUGCUCCGGGACCGUGACGGGAAGUAA